GGGGCGAGGGGCGGGGCGUAGGGGAGGCAACGGACGGUUGGUGACGUCACAUCGAGGCCGGAAGGAGGGCGGGCUGACCCGGAAGCGGUUGUCGCGCGAGGCGCAUUGCGAGCUCCGGAGACGGGACCGUCAGGGGCCACCAUGCCCAAGCGCAAGGUGACAUUUGAGGACCAGGCCGAGGGGGACGAGGAGGAGGAGGAGCUGGCCAUGCCCAAGAAGAAGCUGGCAGAGCCCGGCCUGGGGGCCAGUGGCCCAGGGAGCCGGUUCAAAGGGAAACACUCCCUGGACAGCGACGAGGAAGACGAGGAUGAGGAGGGGGACGGCGGCCGGGCCAGUAAAUAUGACAUCCUGGCAUCAGAGGACGUGGAGGGGCUAGCGGGGGCCGCGGGGCGGAGUGAGAACGCUCUGCCGGGCGGUGUUUGUCCCGCAGGGGGCGCUGCGGCGCUGCAGGCCGAGGACGGGGAGGAGCCGCUGGCCGAGGUGAUGUGGGAGUACAAAUGGGAGAACACGAAUGGGGCCGAGCUCUACGGGCCCUUCAGCAGCACCCAGAUGCAGGAGUGGGUGUCCCAGGGCUAUUUCAAGGACGGCGUUUACUGCCGCAAGGCCGACAAUUCCCAAGGCCAAUUCUACAACUCGAAGCGGGUGGAUUUUGACCUGUACACGUGAUCCGAGACCGGCCUGCGACCCCUGGAGCCGAGGGGGCUGGACUCGAGUCUGGGGGAGCCAGGGAGGGAAGUCGGGGUGCAUACGGGUUGGGGAGGUGACCCCUAGCUUGUGGGGUGUGAAUGUCUCGUUGUCUUUAUUUUUUUUGGAUUAAAAUAUAUCUAUGUCUUGUACUGUG